AGGAGCUGAUGGCGGAUGAAUUCCCCAAACAAAAAAGUCGGAGAACCUUUUAAGUAUCAAAGUGCCAAAGAAUCUGUUGCUAAUGACCGUGCCAACGAGACUAGGCGGGGGCAAUCCGUGCCAGUGAGACCAAGCGGAGGCGGCCACGCAGAUGGCAGCUGGAGCCAGAUGACGGUGCCCGGCACAGGUCUCCGAGGUUUCUCACGGUCCCCGCGUGGGCUUUGCAGCCGGGGCGAUGCUGCGGGGAGGGAGCGGGGCUGCGUGGUGCCGGUGCCAGCAGGUGCCGCUGCGCACUCGGUGCCGCUGCGGGCGGGGAGAGGGGCGGGGAGCGGGGCGGGCGAUGCCUCCCCACGCCUCCUCCCUCCGACUCUCCGUCCCUCCGUCCUCGGCUGCUCGCGCCGCCGGGAUCAUGGGCUGUUGCUGCCGCCUUCUCCUCGCCCUCCUCCUCCUCCUGCCCGCAGAUGUGCUUGUAGAGGAGCUGGUUUGCUGCAUGCCACCCAGCACCAGGAGGAUGGGCUGUCUUUUGUGGGAUGUGGUGGCUUCUUGGGAAGGACCCGAGGUUGCCAGUGGGACCCCUGGACCAGCAGAGUGCAAGGACUUGGUGAUGACCCCAUAACACCAUCCCUUGCCCCCUUCCCAGUGAUGGGGACAUCAGCAGGGCCAGGCUCGAGGGGCACGUCUGUCCCCACAGCAGCUUCCCACCAGUCUACACCUCUGACAACUGCGGGACCCACCGGUAAUGGAGUGUCCUCCAAGGCGGGUGGCCACAAUGGGAGCACCACGGCCAUGCUGUCCCCUGCCUCCACCCCCACAAGCGCUGUCACUGCAGCAGACAGCCCAUCAGUGGCCCCCAGCUCGGUGCCACCAACCUUGGAGACAGUCCUGAGUCCUUGGACAGCACAUGCCAGCGUGACGAGAGGCACGACAGAUGUGGGGACAAAUCCCAGCCCUGUGGGCACACCUGCAUCCUUCUCCUCUUCCUCCCCUCACAGCAGCACCCUGCACUCAUCCCCUGGGACAGCAUUGCUCUCACCAGCCAUCCCCACCCAGCCACUGGCGCUGACGAAGGACAUCCCUUCCCCAGGGAUGCUGGCUGUGGCAUCAAGCCUGGCCGUGGAGCCAACGUCCCCCUCAGUGACUGUGGCCAGCCCAACCAAGGGCAUGGCUGAAGAAGGCAAAAGCACCCCUUCCACCGGCGUCACCAUAGAAGAAGUCCCACAUGCCUUGAGCGCAGGUAGCAUUGUGGCCAUAACUGUGACAGUCAUCGUGGUGGUGGUGCUGGUCUUUGGGGCGGCGGCGUACCUCAAGAUCAGGCACUCAUCUUAUGGAAGGCUGCUGGAUGACCACGACUACAGCUCCUGGGGGAACUACAACAACCCCCUCUACGACGACUCCUAGCAGGAGAAGAUCUUUAUUUAUCAGCGCUUCCCCAGCACGCACCUGCUGCUUGUCCCCACCACGUGUGCUGGGUCGCAGCCUGGAGGCCGAGCUGCUGCCACCAUGAGCGGAUCGUGGCAGGCCCAGCAGGAGGCGGGUGGCUGCAGGGCAGGGGCACAGCGCCCGCAAUAAACUCGAGUGUUGGCGCUUUGCGUGGGAAGCUCUCUGAUAAGAGGGGGUGGGUGCUGCUUUGGCAGUGGAGGGGGACCUGGGGCAGGUCAGCCCCUUUGCUGCUAGCCCAGUAAACCCAAAUUCCCCAUGAGAGGGGUGGGGGAGGCAAAGGCAGAAGACGGCAGCCCUGCGUUAUCCCCGGAAGAAACGUGGAGUGUCCCAUUGCUUUAUGCACCCCUCCCUCCAAGAUCACCUCCCUGCGCUGCCCCACUGCAAAACCCCAUGCCUUCCCUCACCUGUGGUAGCUCACCAUGGGCAAUUAUAUGACUGCUCACUCUC